AUGCCCGGUUUUAUUAUUCAUAAUAUUACUUCCGGAACUACACCACCACCAUUAUCAAGCUCACUGCCUAAUACCCCGCCCGAGACAGUACAAAAAUUGAGAAAGGCAAGCACUAAGGUCAUAAAGCAUAUUCAAAAUGACUCGACAAUCUCCCCGAAGGUGCGACAAAGCCUCUCUCAGAUACUAGCGGGUGGCCUCGUUCUCGCUGAGGUCGGGGCUCAGUUUGCGGAAGACAACGUGCGAAUUCUACGGCGCAAGAAGCGGUCUAAUACAGCUAAGACUAAACGAAGGCUUCCGGAAAUGGGCCCUCGUUUGGUUAAGGAUUGUAAAAAGCACAUAAAUGAUCGGGUUGAUAAGGAAAGGCUACAAUCAUUCAAUCGUUCGAAGAAAGCCUGGCGGGAUGCAGCUAUUUUAAAAGCAAUUGCCGACGGAGAAAUCGAGGAUAUAGGGCAAAUUGGGUCAGAUCAUGAUGAAGAGAGGCCUCGGGAAUGGAUUGAUGAUCUUUAUUGUAUUGAUUUAGAAGGCGAUGCUAUUUAA